CUGGCACCGCCGGAUCUGUGCGAGAGGCACGCGGCGGAGGAAAAGUGGGUCACAGUCGGGCCCGCCGUCCCGGUCACCGGCAGGGCGUGACCAGACCUGCGUGCGCCAGCCCGAGCCGGGCGCCUCCCGCAUUCCCGGGCGGCCCCGCCCGUGCGGCUGGCCUCCUGCCCGCGUCCCGGUCCGCCUUCUCCCUGCGGCCGCAGCGCGUCUUUCCCCAGCCGCCCGAUCUUCCUCGCCGGAUCCCAGGAGAGCCGGGCCGGACGGCAGGAGUGGAGCCUGACGCUGUCGCUCUGGUGCCGGCAGCGGCCGGGACUAUGGGCACGCCGGCCUCGGUGGUGAGCGACCUUUCGGGGCGGGCGGUCACCGCAAAUCGCGGUCGCAAGCGGGCCUCGGCCAACAUCUUCCAGGGCGUCGGGCUGCCAGAGCUGCGGAACCUGUUCCGGAGCGGCGGGGCCGAACGGCCUGAAGAGCGCGCCCGCCUCGUCUGGCGGUACGCGGGCCAGCGGCGCAUGGCACGGGCACUGCGGCGGCUUCGGCGGUGGCCAGCCCAGUCCGGAGGCGGGAUGGCAGCCUUGCGGCACUUUGGCCGCCUGCGGAUCACGGAGGCGGUGGAGGGCGGCCGCAAGGCAAAGGGGCCCUCGGGGUCCACGUAGCUGCGCUGAGAGGCCGGGUUGUGGAGGACACAACUGCUGACAGCGGGUGCCAGGACAGCCGGGCUCUCCGAGGACACUAAGUGUACGGGACAGGGUUCAGUGGUUAAUAAAAGGUGAACAGAAGCUUCAUGAGGCUCUGGUUGCGUCCUGCCAACCC